AUGAAUAGACAAGACCUAGAUCCCGCCAUUAUCCCGGCAGGCUGGAGCUCCGCCAUGUUCCCAGGGUUUGAGGAGGACAGUAACAGCAGCUGUGGAUCUCUGGGGGCGUCCACACUGAGCCUGAAGAGCGGAGAGAGCGAAGACAAUGAGGAGAGACUGUGCUCUGUGUGCGGGGAUAAGGCCAAUGGCUAUCACUUCCAUGUCCUCACCUGCGAGGGCUGUAAGGGAUUCUUCAGGCGGUCUAUCACUAAAGGUCUGACCUUCACCUGCCCGUUCACCCGCUCCUGCCCCGUCAACAAAGCCAAGCGGAGAAGGUGCCAGGCCUGCCGCCUGCAGAAAUGUCUGGAGGUGGGGAUGAGGAAGGACAUGAUCCUGUCGGAGGACGCCUUGAUGGCGCGACGUGAGCUGAGGGUGAGGAAGAGGCAGGAACGUCUCCAGAGGACGCAAAGGGCGCCAGAAGCGACAUCCCUGAGCGAGGAGCAGAAGCAGCUGAUCUCCAUCCUCAUCGACAUUCACAGGAAACACUUCGAUACCAAAUUUGAACAUUUUGUGGAUUACAGGCCACAGCCUAUUUUAAAGGAACAUUGGGAGAACUUCAAGCAGAAUAGAUUGUCGUCCUCCUCUCCUGGGUCUAGUCUGGGCGCCAUGGAUCCGUCUUCCUCCUCACAACACAUUUCCGGCUAUUUAAUUGAAGGAGACAUUCUGAAGGAAAUGCCACAUUUUGCCGACCUCAGCACUUACAUGAUUCACCAAGUCAUCAAAUUUGCCAAGGAGAUCCCAGACUUCAGAUCUUUGCCCAUUGACGACCAGAUCUCACUGCUUAAAGGGGCCACAAUGGAGGUCGCCCAUCUUCAGUUUAAUACGGUCUUCAACCUGGAAACCAAGACACUGGAGUGCGGACGUCUUAAGCUGAAUAUAGAGCACGGCACCAUAUCCGGGUUCCAGCAAAUGUACUUGGAGCAGCUCCUAAAAUUGCACAUCUCCCUCCGAAAACUGAAGCUUCACGAGGCCGAAUACAUCCUGAUGCAGGCGCUGGUGCUGUUCUCCCCAGACCGGCCGGGCGUCAUCGAGCACAAUCGAAUCGAUAAGAUCCAGGAGACCAUCGCCAUGACCCUAAAGUGUUACAUCGAUUAUCACCGCCAGCUCCCGGGCAGCAGGUUCCUGUUCGCUAAACUCCUGUCCAUGUUGGCCGAACUCCGCACCUUGAAUGAAGAGAACGCCAAGCAGAUGGUUCACAUCCAGAACGUUAUGGAGGACGCCAUGACACCUCUCAUGAAGGAGAUAUUCAGCUGAGAAGAAGCAGAGAAACAACUGAUCACGUGACGCCCCAUGUGACGCACAAUGGACAAAUCAUGGCGGUUUCGAAUACCUGGGACGAAUUCUCGUGCAAGUGAUUCUUCUGUACUGUCCGUUUAGCCCAGACGUAGGGGCCCCGGGCUCUGUGGAGGGCCCCGCUGAUAUGAGGAGGGGGUCUCAGAUGGGGGUCUCCCUGUUAUCACAAUGCAAGCCCCCCUAGAUAUCAUGGCUUGUCGAUAAUACCGCCCAGACCGGGUCACAUGACAUGUUCCCUGUGACUUCCCGAUAUGGACUAUUGCUCUAUUGUUCUCUGCUAUCAGCCAUUUAUUAUUCAGGGAAGCUACCGGAAGCCUCCACCAGCGACAAAUACCUCAUUGUAUACGCAACGCAGAACAUGAGCACAAUGAACAUAGAGCGAGAGGAAGAUUUGGUGCCAAUGGUUUCACCCCUGAUCAGUCGCCGACCAAACAUGAAGAAAUGUUCUAAUCAGAAGUUACCAUAGGCCACGUAGCUGGGGGGAGGGAAGCUAAUGUGUUCUAACUAUGGCAGUUUUUGCCAACCAGGGUGCCUCCAGCUGUUGCAAAACUACAACUCCCAGCAUGCCAUGGCCAUGCCCAUUACUCUGACUUUCUUAAAGGGGUACUCCGCUGGAAAACAUUUUUUUAAAAUCAACUGGUGCCAGAAAGUUAAACAGAUUUGUAAAUGACUUCUAUUUAAAAAUCGUAAUCCUUCCAGUACUUAUCAGCUGCUGUAUGCUCCACAGG